CGAAUCCAUUCGAAAGAUCCCAGACCGGCCGACUGGCAGCAUGCAGCCAAGCCCGGUCGCUCCGUCGCGCGCUGCCCAGGACCGCAGACCCGUGCGAAGCCUGUACAAGGAGACCAUGCGGCUGCUCGAGUUCCCAAAAGGCGCCUCGGUCGUGCGAGUCCUCACGGCCAAAGAGGAAGCCGACGUCCGACGGUUGCCGGCAUGGGACCUCUCGCCGCUCGUAGGCGCGACAGCGCCGACGAUGAUCCUCGCGCCGAGCAGCAUGCCCUUCAACACUGCGACCUUUGACAGUUUUGUCAACGCGGCGCUCGUGCCGCGUCUCGAGACAGCGCUCCGCCCCGCUGGCGCCUUUUACGCGUCGCUCGCGCUCGUCGCGGUCGAUCGCAUCGGGACUGCCACGACCAUGGUGCCGGCGCACCGCCCUAUCGGCACGUUUGGCUCGCUCUACGUAGCUUUGCCGCACCACUUUGUCGGCGGCGCACUCUCGUUCAUGCGUGGCAGGGACACGAGCACGUGGUUCGAGUUGUCACCGUGGUCGCUGCCCCGCUACUCGUACGCUGCGUGUUAUCGACACACGCGCGUCAUCUCCAAGGCCAUCACGACUGGCUGCCGCGUGCUCCUCGUGUACAACUUGAUCUACGUCGACCCGCGCUCGCACACGCGCGACUACCCCAUCUCGGUAGACGCCGCCGCGACCCGCCUGUCCACGCUCGCCGCCAAGGACCACGAGCCCGACGACAGCCGACUGGCCUACCCGAUACGGACAAGCACGUCGCUCUCAUUCAAUGCGCUCUCGGGCCACGAAAGAGACCUUGUCCACGCCUUGGUUCUCUCCGGCGACUUUGACGUGGCGCUCGCCAGCGUCCGCCCCAAGCUCACGUUUGACGGCGGCGUCAACUUGGCAGGUUACAUCAUGAUGGCGGUGCCCGAGACGAGUCAUAUCCUCGGCAGCAUCGAGCUGCACCCAUCGAUCGGCGACCUUCGCUUUCUCCAAGAAGGUCUUGCGGGCUCGCUCUUCCAUGACUAUGUCUCGACCGCCCGCCAAGUCGACCACAAGGCCGACGACAACGAUCUACUCGGCGUCCUUGUGUUCUGGCCCAAGCAGCGAAGGCUCGAAGCCGCGGGCCCCCACGGUGCUCUACUCUGCCUCGAAGACGCCGUCUCGCGCACCGACCCUCUCGUCGGCCACGAGAGUCUCAAUGCGCUUGUGCGCCGUGUCUUGCCUCUGCUGGCCACGCCCGAUCUCUCGGAGGCCGCGGUUCACCAGCGUAUCCAAACGGCUGCGAAUGCGUCGGCCACUGAGUGCUUCGCUCGCCUUGCGCGUAUCUUGGACGUCAUCGGGGACCCCACACUCAUGGCCACCUACAUGGCCACGUCGCUCGACGUCGUCUCCUUUGACACCAAACCGCCCGCGAUUGCUACGUGGAUCCACCGCGUCUGCAGUACACACGGCUGGGAGGCGCUCUCGCAUGGGCUCGAGCAGCUCGUCGGCCGCUGGACGAACGAGCGAGCGACCAUGGCACCGGCGGUCCGCUUGAUCGCAGCGCUGGCGGGUGUCGACGGCCCCGACCCUCUGUGUUCGUCACUGCGACAGCCAUAUCUUGCCGAGCUCAUCAAAUUGCUCUGGCGGACGGCGCAGCGCAACGUCCAAGAGCUCUAUUAUACGGUCGAAGCUGCUGAGUUGAUCAACGUCCUUGGCGCGUGUUUGGCCGUCGAAGGCUACGUGGCCUCACUGGGCGAGCAGCCCACUGCGCAUUGGCUGCAAGCGCGUCUGCCGCCGUUCGCCUUGUCGGCAAUUGACGCAGCGCUCAACCCGGCGACGUCGAUGACAGCCAUCAUGCUCGACGACCCAGACAAGUGUUCGCUACUUAACGUCGUCACGCAGGCACUGGCACAGAGUCUCGAUGCCAACCCGACGCUUUGCGUGCCCGACCUCGCGACGGCCGUCUUGCAGCUGCUGGACGACAAUGCCGAUGGCAUCAACUCACUCGUCGUCGACGUGUGGGAGACGCGUUCCGCCAUCAAGAUGGCAGCCGACAUGGUUGUCAUCGCCUCUCGCCAUGGCCGCUUGGCGCCCGCGCUUCGCGAUCGCUGCGAAUCGAUCUUUGGGAGCCUGCUCGUUCCUGCCAUCUGCCAUGUCCUGCGCCACACGUCGCUGGAUGCUGACGUCCAAGGCAUGCUCUUGCAGCGGGUACCACCGCCCGAGAGCGACGAGAUGCUCCGCACUCAGGCCAAGCACCUCGACGUGUUUUAUAAUAUGCACCCGCACAAGGAAGUACCGCCUCCCGACGGGGCCAAGAACGUCCAUUGGCGCUGGAUCGUGGAUCUUUUGGAGGCGGUGACGCUCGUGGACUCGUCCAAGACGCUGUCGUACGUCCACGCCUGGGUGGCCAACGUUCUCUCGCCGGAGCCAGCGCUGUUUGGGGACGUCGCCUUCUACUGCCUCACGCGCCAUGCGUUUUGGCCUCACGAUGCGUGGAUGGCCGUCGCGACAGCGGCGAUUCCAGCGCUGCAGGCCGAGUUCAAGACAUGGAGCUACCAAUUUCGCAGCGUCCGCGACGCCAACCACGAGCUCGUGCCAUGCGACUGCGUUUUGGCGCGGCAGGUCAACGACUUUAUAAGCACUAAGUACGGCGUCCAGGAAGAGGUGUACGGGCCGCGCUGUAUCGCAGUCGACACGUUCUUUGACGACGACGACGAGCCCGAGACACUGUUUCGGAAGAAAAAGCCAAUGACGACCAUGACGCUCACGCGUCGACUCGACGCUUUUACGCUCAUGGAAGCCAAGUUCCAGACGGCCUCGAUGCGCAUCGAGCGGCUCCAAGCCGUGAUGGACGCUCGAACCAAGCGUCGAAGCGGCGCCAAGCGUCCUUCUGUCCAAGGCCAGGAGGGCACCAAGCGAGUGUGUGUUCCGGCCAGCGCAUCUGGCGCGCUGAUGGACGAGUACGAUUGUCGAUCAAUCUAAUACAGUAUUUGGAUUGGAAA